ACAUGGCUACUAUAGUUUAAGAGCUGAACUUGUUCACAGGCUCGGCUUAGUUUAAUCAGCAACUAUUCGUGUUCAAGACGAUUGCUGAGAGUUCUGUAAAGAGAAGAGCAGACUGCGAGUUUUCCAGUAUAAACAGUCUUCCCCAGAGCAGAAGAAAAGCCGCUGUGUUUGCAUUAAUGAAAGAGGGGAGAGUGAGGCCCGUCUCUGAAAUGAAAGAAGAGAUGGAUAUGCGCGCAUCCUCCGCGUCUCUCCUGGAAGAAGAACUCGCCUCUGCUAUCGAGCCUGCAGUGAAAGCGGCUGUGCUGAGCGUCAUGUCUGCAUUAGCAAAGUUCGUGGACAGUAAAUGUGCAGUUUUCCACCUCAGACUGGACGAGAGAGACCACGAAUUCGAAAGCGUGAGAUUGCGAUUGGAAAUAGCGGAGAGCGAGUUGAACGCGAUGCGGGGCGGAGAAUACACGAGCACUGGCGAUAAAAACUUUACGCAAUCUCUCACCAGCACUAAAACACUAUACCCCGGGAGCGACAGUAUUGUUGCUCACGGGCUGCCAGCCACUACACGCGAUUACUCCACUCUACCAGCUCAGCCAGUCCGGGAGCCGGAGCCUGCAGUCCACACCGCACUGAAAAACUCCCGGGUUUUAAUCCACGACGAUGGAAGGUAUUCCAAACAGGACCUGCUGAUGCGAGGCGAUGAACAGAUGGGCCACACAAGCACAGCGGGGUGGAGAAGAGCAGUGGAAGGUCCUGCACAGAGAAAUGCUCUCCCUCCUGCUGAGGAAGGGUCGAAGGCAGAAUCAGCUCCCAUUCAAGAGGAGCUCUUUGCCCAGGAAUGGUGCAGGAGUCCAAAGCAGGGUACAGAGCUGACAUCUAUUGAAGGGAAGGAGGAGGAGGAACCUGCACUAGAUCCUGAGCACAUUAAUGAAGAGAUCCCUGGAAUUGAACCGGUCAUCAUUAAAGAGGAGGUUCCUGAACUUGAAUCUGACCCCGUUGAAGAGGGGGGUUCAGACCACUUUGACAGACGGCAGCAAAUUCACACAGGAGAGAAACUGCAUCUUUGCCUUGUAUGUGGGAAGAGUCUCAGUACAUCAACGGAGCUGAAAAGACACCACCGAAUUCACACAGGAGAAAGGCCGUACUGCUGCUCUGAAUGUGGAAAGAGUUUCAAUACCUCUACAGAUCUGAAAAGACACCGUCGCUUUCAUACAGGAGAGAAGUUACACCAUCUUAAAACACACCAGCAAAUUCACUAUGGAAAGAAACUGUUUCACUGUAAUGUAUGUGAGAAGAGUUUCACUCAGUUAGGAACCCUGAAAUUGCAUCAGAGAAUUCACACAGGAGGGAAGCUGUAUCACUGCACUGACUGCACAAAGGAUUUCAAUACAGCAGCAGAGCUCAAGAUACACCAGCGAUCUCACACAGGAGAGAAACCGUAUCACUGCACUGAGUGUCAGAAGAGUUUCAAACAAGUAUCACACCUCAAAGCCCACCAGCGAAUUCACACAGGAGAGAAACCUUAUAGCUGCACUGAGUGUGAAAAGAGUUUCAAACAAAUAUCCCACCUUAAAUCCCACCAGCGAAUUCACACCGGAGAGAAGCCAUAUAGCUGUGAAUACUGUGGGAAGAGAUUCAAUCGGGCAGGAAAUCUGAUGUCACACCUUCGGGUUCACACAGGGAAGCAGUCGACUUGUGACAACCGCCCCAUAUGUGCUGCAAUAAACGCAGCCUCUGCUUUAUUCUUAAAUGAAUAGCAGUAAGCCUGGCCAGUGUGCUGGUUUGUAGAAGUUUUCUAGUUCUGCUAUGCAUUUUUUCCCUGGUAUGUUCUUCAUUUUUGACCCUUUUGGCUGCCCGUAUUAGGGGGCGGUGCUUAUUACCCUUUGCAGGCCAGUUCAAAAAGAGAACCAGCUCGGUAACAAGAGGAUGCUUUUUCUCUCUCCGAUUCACCUUGCCAUUCUUAUUUUUAUUAGAACUUUUGGUAGAUGAGGAGUUUCAUUUUGUUAGUCUGUCUUUUAAAGGCAUUUCUAUUCAUUUGUUCAGCAGUAUUUUAUUUUGCUAUUUGAGUCUUCUGCUGUGUUUAGAUUUUGCUAUGUGCACAGCCAAGCUAACUAACUGUUUCUUUUUUCUGUAUUGUGUGUUUUUUUUUUCUUCUUGGUUAUUUUGUGACUUUUCUUGGGCUGUUUUGGAGCCUUGUUCUGUUGCUGAGGAAUACCAUUUGUCUGGACUUAUAAAACUACAUAGUUUAAAGGAAUUUGAAGGAAAGACCUCUACACAGUGGAUUACAAACAACAUUUGGGUGAGAUCAAACCUUUUUUGUUUCAUUUUUGUAUUUGCAGUUUUUCUUGAAUGGCCAUUUUGUUUUUUCACUGGAUUCUUUAUUUUUGGAGUAUUUCAUGAAAUCGUUUUGGAUUUGUUUUGUUUUUCAUGAAGGAGACUGAACUGUGGUUAGAUUAUAAUUAACCGUUUUCUGCUACCAACUGAACUAUGGUUAAAUUAUAUUUUAAUUAACCUUAUCUACUUACCUUUUAUUGGCAAUUGCUGGUUAAACCAAUUUACACUUUACGCAUUGUGUGCUUCUGCUUUGCAAGUGUUGCUAGUGUUUGCUGUUAUACUGUUUAAUGUGUUCUAUGCUCAUAUGGUUCUUGCAUCACUUUCAUGUUCUAGACUUACUUCCAUAAACACUUCUUUGGGCUAAGCAUACUUCUCAGGUCCCCUUUAAAUCCCUCUCUAACGCUGUAAUUUAUUACUUAGUGAUUCCCAAAAAUUUGAAUGUUUGCUUAUGGAUUCAGUAUACGCAUAUGAUCUAUGUGUCAAGUAGGGAUACUAAGGAAGUUUGUUACAGACUAACUGCACUAAAUGAGAGAGAUUUUAUUUUCCACUCCCUGUUGAAAAUGCAUACAAUAUCCAGACACUUCACUAGGAGUAGCAGCACUGUACCUUCAUCACAAGAGGACUCAGUCUAGUGGAAACUGAGAGUAUACAAGACCCUGAGAUGCAAUUGGACUUUUUGAUCCCUUUCUCAAACUGAUCUUAUCAUCUUCUGAUCCUUGAUUGUCUGAGUUAUUAAAAUGAAAAUCCU